UUUAUAUUUGCCCGCUGACUCUGAGCUGUUUUUUUUUUUUAAUACUGACACCUCACUGCGUUGCCGUUAGCUUACAUGCUAGCGGAGUUAGCUUAGCUUACUAACUGGGCCUUUAGUGCGCAGAAACCGUUUGAUUUAAGUUUGCGUCUUUGUGUGAAAAUGUCUAAAGUACAAAUUCUGAGAGCGUUACUGAAGCAGCAACUACCUGCAGAUGAUGAAGAAGAGAUAUUUGAGCUGCUUGAAAGAACAACAGCAGAAUACGAGGAGGAACUUUGUGGUUUAAAAGAGCAGAACGAACGACAAAGAAAACUACUAGAUGCUGCUUUCAAAGGCGAUGACAGUUUUUAUGAAGCAGUUGUGCAGCAGCUGUUGGUAAAAGAAGAUAUUCCUUGUCAGAAACCAGAGUGGAUUUGCACUCCAGACCAACAAAACCCAGAUUGUCAACAUGUUAAAGAAGAGGAGGAGGAGGAGGAGGAGCUCUGGACCAAUAAGGAACACCAGCACUUUCAGUUCCUGAAAAUUGAUAUGAAUAAGUUCCCAUUCCUCACUUCCAUUGUCAAGUGUGCAGACAAUGAUAUGAAACCUCAAUCCUCACAGUUUCAUCAGCCCCAAAUAGAGACUAGAGAGGAUGAUACGCCUGCCAGCAGUUCAACUGUACAGAGGAAAACAGGAGCUGAUGGAGAGGACUGGGAAGGAUCAGUACAACUUAGUAAAUUGGACGGAGAUCAUUAUUUACCACCAUGUACAGAUGACUUGGGUUCACAUUCUUCUGAAACUGACAGUGAUGAUGGGGAUGUUGAUUGGACAGAGCCCAAAGAACCGAAGUCAGGUUCUGAGAAAAAUAAGAAAAUUCCUGUUUGUGACAGGAGUUUUAAUGCUGGGAUGAAGCCAUUUACCUAUGAAUCUGAUCAAAGGCUUGGUUGCAAAGGAAAUCUGAUUAGAUGUGUGAAAAUUCAUACAGGAGGAAAACCAUUUAGCUGUUCUGAAUGUGGGAAAGCAUUUAGCCGAAAUAGCCAUCUGAAAACCCAUAUGAUAACUCAUACGGGACAGAAACCAUUUCAGUGUCCUGAGUGUGGUCAGUCAUUCGGUCAAAACUCUAAUCUGAAGACCCAUAUGAUAAUACAUACAGGAGAGAAACCAUUCAGCUGUUCUGAGUGUGAUAAAACAUUUAGCCAAAACAGCCAUCUGAAGACCCAUAUGAUAAUGCAUACAGGAGAGAAACCAUUCAGCUGUUCUGAGUGUGAUAAAACAUUUAGCCAAAGCAGUCUUCUGAAAACCCAUAUGAUAAUUCAUACAGGAGAGAAGUCAUUUAGCUGCCCUGAAUGUGGUAAAAUAUUUAGCCACAACAGCCACCUGAACACUCAUAUGAGAAAUCAUACAGGAGAGAGACCUUUUAGUUGUUCUCUGUGUGGUAAAACGUUUGGUCUAAAGGGCAAUCUGAAGAUCCACAUGAUCAGUCAUACAGGAGAUAAACCUUUUCAUUGCACUGAAUGUGGUAAAACAUUUGGCCUGAAGGGCAAUCUGAAGAUGCACAUGAUUAGUCAUAAAGGAGAGAAACCUUUUUGCUGUUCAGAGUGUGGACAGCGAUUUGUUGAAAAGGGCGGUCUGAAAAGACAUACGAGAAGGCACUUUUUGUAAACUGUUUUAGUUGGCUUGUGCCAGUUUUUGUCAUGUAAAAACUAUAAUACAUGCAUUACACAAGAGAAUUUGCUUAAUUUAAAAUGGAAAAUACUCCAACUACUUCCCACUUUUUAAAAAUACCCUUUCAUUGGUUGUUUUAUGUGCAACAAAUGACCAUGAAACUGACCUCAGCUGUCUGUUUGGAAAGCAAAGAUAUUAUGGUAUGAUAAAUAUAAUUGGAUGUAGGUACAUUAUCACAUGAGUAAAGCUUUACAAAGAUAAGUGGUUGGACAUGUGUCAGUAACAGUGUUCAGUGGUUUUUCAUAUGUGAUGUCAGUUAAACUUUGUGUGUCAUUAAUUUUCUCUCUGAUUUAGCAUAUUAAUUCCACUACAUGUCUGAACUACAUUAUUUGCUUGAAAUGUAGUCAUUAAGAAAUACAAACAGCAUGUCACUCCAUUGCAAAGCAGUUCUUAAAAACUUAGUGACCAUGCAAGAAGUAGCCUUUUGAGGGAAGCCACCAAGACACCCAUGCUAGUGUUAAAUUCUAAAGGAGUUAAAUUCUUCUCUGGCUGCAACUUGAUAGAGUGGGAAUAGUGUGAGUUUUCUAUUUUGUUUUACUGGUUACAUAACAUCAUGGUGGAAAGGAGGAGAGAUGGAAUUUUGUUUAAAAGAAGUUGAAUUUUCAGCUGCAGUUUGCUGAAAGGCAUGCUGGAGAUUCAAGUCUAGAUCUGAUCUGUUUCCUUGUAUGAAAGUUCUUCUCUAUCCCACUCCAUCAUGAAGCUGUGAUGGGUGAUGCAACAGACCAAAUUUGCCAUAUGCAUAAGCUUUCUAUUCACACUGACAAAAGCCUAUAAUUCCAUCAGAGAUGCCAUGUGUCUUGGUGGCUUCCCUCAGUGGUCUCCAUGUACAGUCAAUCAGUUUUUGAGAACUGCCUAAUCCAGAUAGAUUAACCAUACAGUAGCAUACCGUUUGCAUUUCUUAAUGAUUCAUGUCAAUAAAGUCCAAGAUAUAUUCAGUGACUUGGAAAUGUUCAUGUAUCCAUCCCCUGACUUAUCUAAAAACAACUGGGUGUAAAAGUGAUAAUUUACUUGAGUUAUAUGAAAGGGUACUAUUUUUGGAUAUCUUUAUAUCAAGUUGUAGAGAUUUGUUUUCGGUUUAAUUUAAAAAAUUUUAAUGUAGGGAAGUCUAAAUUCCCACCACUGAUGGUAUGAGCCAAUGUUUAAAAGCCCAAAGGGGUGAAUACGUUUUAUAGGCAGUCACUGUGUAGCCUGAUUCACAGCCAAAAGGAUAUCAAAACAUUCA